CUCAAGAGUCUGCUAAUUGUACCCUUAGCUGUAGGUAACUGUACCUUUUAAGGUACAGAAAUGGACUCUGAGGAACAUUUCUGUACCAUUGAUGGUACAUUAAUGCUGUUUGUACCUUUGGGAUGUCCCAUUUCUGUCAAUUUCUGUAACUUUAAAGGUACAAUUAAAAGGGUACAGCCCCAGUGACAAGCAGAGGUACAAAUGUUUACCUUUUUUCUGAGAGUGUAUACGCUAACUGAAUUUGUAUUCAUUUCAAACACAGAGGACUAGAUGAUUAUUUAGAUGCCUCGGGUUAGGAAGAGCCGGACAUGCAGGGAUUCAUUUCUGCAAAGACAGACACAUGGGCAUCAGCUUGGAUAUUUGCCCGAGAGAUGGACACCACCAGGUGGCUGGCGUCAGUCUCAUAACAUUCGGCUGAGCGCAGAGCUCCGGCAGGGAGGCAGUUAAAUCCGGGCGAGAUCUGGAAAAUUAUCGAAAAGGCAUGUCUGAGAGUUGUACGUCUGACGUUUGCAUUUUAGUUGAACGAGACUGGGCACGCAAAUCCUGAACUCCCAUGAGCCGGGGAGCGAGGCGCCGGGGGCUGAUGGGAUCGCCGGGGGCGCAUCUCGCACGUCAUGCCGCCGCAAGCCUCGCACCCUGUGCCAUGCUGACCGGCGCCCCGAGGCUGCUGCUGCUACUGCUGACCCUGACAGCCACUGCCCUGAUCUCCCAGCGGUCCCACGCCUGGAGCGACGAGGACACCUUAUUGACUCCGAUCAACUCCACCGAAAGCCUCCUGGAGAGCCUCCAGGUGGACGUUAGAUUCUCUAAGAGGUCCGUCCACGAAAGCGCACCAUCCACCGGGGCUUCGCCCCAGCCUCUGUGCAAUGUUAGCGUGCAAAGGCUCCGGCCCACGUCCCUCAUUGCACGCUGGGACAGGCGCGUCGGCUUCCAAUGCGACGUGCACAUCCAUACCACGAACCGCGGCAGGGCUUUCUUCUGCGCCGCUUUCAGCUGGGUCGCCUCACCUGUCGUUAUCGAGCACCUGGCCAUUUCAGGCGGACAGCAGGAGUUCCGCCUGUGCGUCGGAUGCGGCCUCUCCCGUAACAGGAGGCUUGGGCAAGGCAGAUCGCAUACGGGGGACCCGCUUGGCUUUUGCUGCGUUGACUUUGCCUUGGACGAGCUCAAUAGGGAUAACAGCUGGAGGCUGAACCGCAAACCCAUCGAGUCUACACUGGUGGCCUGUUUCAUGACACUGGUGAUUAUUGUGUGGAGCGUUGCUGCCCUCAUAUGGCCGGUGCCCAUCAUUGCAGGAUUCCUGCCUAAUGGGAUGGAGCAGCGGAGACCGAGAUAAGAUUUCAUUUCAAUCAAUACUAUUACUAUAUAUAGUAAAUAUUAUUAUAUAUAGACAAGUAAUUGUCGACUUAUAGACAUGUAGUUAAAAGGUACAGUGUUUUAUGUGCGAUACUCCUAAAACAGCGCAAAUUCCAGUCUUUCAGUUCUCUUAGUUGUUACCAGUAUGCUGCUUAGUUUGCCGGUUUAAGAACAUUUUGAUUUAAAAAUACAUAUAUAUUCGAAAUGUUUUAGACCGUUUGUUGUUCCACUGUUUUAUUUAUAAGGUCACGUGCCUUGCUGAAAAUCAAAGUAAUGGGUAAGAAAACGCAACAAUAGGUAUAUAUGUAUAUCCAGCAAAAGCAGCUUCUGUGUUUCUACUGUUCAACAAAAAGCCACGUCAGUCUAACUCAAAACAUUUUUUGAUUUAUGUUGCUCUCAUGUGUAACCAUCAACUGAAUAAAUCUCACGCAGUUUUUUAGCCACGUUUGAGUCGCCUUGUGUUUAUUUUCUUAUUUUACAUAUAGUUUUGACUGUUUCGUAGUUUGGAUACUCAUUCCGUUUUAUGGUGAAUACAGUUUCUUUUGGAUUCAUCUUGUGCAUUGUCAGGUUGAUACAAUAACAUUUAAGGACAUUAGCCCUUUUUGACUUUUACAAUGCGUUGUAUAUCUGAGCAAAUGUAUACGGGUAUAGCUAAAUGAUUUUAAAAAUAAAUGAUAGAUGGAUAGAAAUAUCAGUGUGGAGAAACCAGGUUAUAAUUGUAAAAAAUGUAAUAUGCCCAUCGAUUUCCAGGGUUUUGCGUCAGAAAGAUUCCAUUAGUAGGCUAUGUGUGGUUAAUCAUAUUUGAUGAGCCCUCAUUUCCGAAAUCGAAAUCAUAAUUCGUCUUAUUUGUUCCU